UUUCCAAAGGACACAGAAGAGAGGAAAAAGCAACAGUAUUCACAGGGAGCGCAGACAACACCGACCUGUGCGAUUAUUACGCUUCAUUAUUUUGGAAGGAAAACGCAGAGGAUUAUCUGUAAUACUUACGUGUUUACUAUCAGACACGUUCCUAGUACUUACGACAGCAAGGAUACUCUGUUUUUGGGUGUUAUUGUCGCUGACUGAAGGGAGAGCGCAGAGCUUGAGUGGCGUUCUCCGGCGUUCAGCGGUGGAAGCGGGAAGCGCACGCCGCUGUUGAGCUGAUGCGCGCGGCCUGUCCCUCAGCAGCGGCCCGCCAUGGCGGAGACCAAGAUCAUCUAUCACCUCGACGAGCAGGAGACUCCCUACCUCAUCAAACUACCCAUUCCCGCUGAAACCGUCACUCUGGCCGACUUCAAAAAUGUCCUUAAUAAACCCAACUACAAAUUCUUCUUCAAAUCCAUGGACGAUGAUUUCGGGGUGGUGAAAGAAGAGAUAUCUGAUGACAAUGCCAAACUACCGUGUUUCAAUGGACGGGUCGUGUCAUGGCUGGUGUCUGCAGACGGCUCUCAUGGUUCUGAUGGCGGUUCUGUGUGCGCCGACACUCAGGCUGACCUGCAGCCUCCUCUGGAGAGAACAGGAGGCAUCGGAGACUCCAGACCCCCUUCCUUCCAUGCGAAUGCCACAGGAAGUCAGGAUGACCUGGGCAAUGAUACGGAGCCGGAGGUGGGUCCAUCGCUGAGGAGAGAGCGGGAGAGAGAGAGAGAUCGAGAUAAAGAGAGACCUCGCAGGAAAGAUACUCAUGACCAUGGAGGUCGGCUGAAUGGUCACUCUCGAGCGGAGCGCCGGCCGGACAUCGCCGGAUACGAGAGCUCGUCCACACUGAUGAGCAGCGAACUGGACACCACCAGCUUCUUCGACUCUGAGGACGACGACUCCGCCAGCAGGUUCAGCAGCUCCACGGAGCAAAGCACAUCGUCCCGUCUCAUGAGACGCCAUCGCAGACGCAGGCGGAAACCCAAAGCACCCAGGAUGGAGAGGUCCUCAUCGUUCAGCAGCAUUACUGACUCCACCAUGUCUCUGAACAUCAUCACUGUCACUUUAAACAUGGAGAAGUAUAAUUUUCUGGGCAUUAGUAUCGUCGGGCAGAGUAAUGAGAGGGGUGAUGGAGGAAUCUACAUCGGUUCCAUCAUGAAGGGUGGAGCGGUGGCUGCGGACGGACGCAUCGAGCCUGGGGACAUGCUUCUGCAGGUGAACGACAUCAACUUUGAGAACAUGAGUAAUGAUGAUGCAGUGAGGGUCCUGCGAGAGAUUGUCCAUAAACCAGGACCGAUUACACUGACCGUGGCCAAAUGCUGGGAUCCAAACCCUCGUAGCUGUUUCACUCUUCCACGAAGUGAGCCGAUCCGUCCCAUAGACCCUGCAGCCUGGGUGUCCCACACGGCGGCGAUGACGGGGGCGUACCCAGUGUACGGUAUGAGCCCUUCCAUGAGCACAAUCACCUCCACCAGCUCCUCCAUCACAAGCUCCAUUCCAGAGACUGAGCGGUUCGAGGAUUUCCAUCUGUCUAUUCAUAGUGACAUGGCAGCAGUAGCCAAAGCGAUGGCUUCGCCAGAGUCGGGUCUGGAGGUGCGAGACAGAAUGUGGCUGAAGAUCACCAUCCCCAACGCCUUCAUAGGUUCAGAUGUGGUAGAUUGGCUGUAUCAUCGCGUCGAGGGCUUCACUGACCGCCGGGAGGCUCGCAAAUACGCCAGUAACCUGUUAAAAGCCGGCUACAUCCGCCACACCGUCAACAAGAUCACCUUCUCUGAGCAGUGCUAUUACAUCUUUGGAGACGUCUGCGGCAAUAUGGCCAGUCUCACCCUGCAUGAUCAUGACGGUUCUAGUGGAGCGUCUGACCAGGACACUCUUGCUCCGUUGCCCCAUCCUGGAGUGGCUCCCUGGCCGCUUGCUUUCCCUUAUCAGUACCCGAUUCCUCACCCAUACAAUCCCCAUCCAGUGCACGAGCCCGGCUACAGCUUCACUGCAGGCGGAGGCAGCGCCGGCAGCCCACACAGCGAAGGCAGUCGAAGCAGCGGCUCUAAUCGCAGCGGUACCAAAAACGACACCAACGCCGCAUCAGCAGCACCCGAGUCCGGAGGCCGAUCGGGGAGCGGCAGUGAGUCAGACAAAAGAGAGAAAGCUCCCAGCGAGUGCUCAGCGGUGCCACCUAGCGAACACAGCGUCCGAAGCUCACACACCAUCCGCAGCAGCCACUCGCACACCUCCAACAUGGUGUGCGGAGCAGCAGGACUCCCUCCACAACCACCCGCGGCUACAGCUCCCGGAUCUCCCCCAGAGCGAGACCUAUCCUCGGUGCCUCCCGAACUCACGGCCUCGCGACAAUCCUUCCGCAUGGCCAUGGGAAACCCUAGUGAGUUCUUCGUGGACGUCAUGUGACUCGGUUUAUAUAUGAAAUCAAGAACGACGGGGAGGAAAAUGAGAUUGGUGUCCCUCCUGAUGUCUCUCCUGUGUCCUGCGGCUUGCACUUUCUUCAGUGAAGAAGACUGGAAGUGAUCAUCACGUAUCCCUUCAUGCCCUUAGAGACUUGUGGUCUCUGGUUAAAGGUGACUCUGUGGGAUGCGGUGAUGAGGGCAGAGCGAAGGGGAACGCUUGCUGGGUUUUGUGUACUUUUUAUGUACUUUACCUGCAUUUCUAAAGUAUUUUUUAUCCUCUGACUGGCUUAUUUAAGGGAUAGUUCACCCAAAAAUUUAAUUUACUCACUAUUUUCUAACUUUUUCCAAACCUUUAUGAGUUUCUUUCUUCUGUUAUAUGCAAAAGAUGAUAUUUUUAGGACAGAUGAAAACCUGUAACCAUUGACUUCCAUUCGAUGUAAGUCAAUAGUUACAGGUUUUCAACAUUAUUCAGAAUAUCUUCUUUUGUGUUCAAUGGAGGAAAGAAACUUAAAGGUUUUGAACAAGUGACGAGUGAGGAAACUAUGAAUUUUCAGUUUUUGGGUAAACUACCCCUUUAACCUCAAUCUGUUUUUCAAUCAAAGGUUAACUAAAAUAAAAGAGAAAAGCAUGAGACGUGGAAAGAAAGAGGUUAUCCUCAACUUUUAAAUAAGCUUUUGUUUCGUUUUUUUAAGGAUGAACAAAUAAUUUUAAUGAUUUAAAAACAAAAGAAACACAAACUCGAUCAGAAGAUAGGAUGUUUGACGAUAAUUGUUUUUAUUUAUGACUUUUGAUUUACUGCUAAUAACUAUGGAGAGUGAGAGAGAGUGUCGAAGACAGAGAGUUUUUAAGUUUACAGACAGGACUUUUAAAGUCUGCCGUAGUUUUUGAGUUCAAAUUAAUGCACUUAACAUUUUGUUUUGGUUACUGUUAAUUGAUGAAUUGUGGACACAUAUACGAGGGACAUUUAUUAAUUGUUUAAAGCAGCGUUUCCCACACCAACAGUACACAUUUUCAGUCUCUUCCUAGUUAAAUACACCUGUAUCAACCCAUCGGAACAUAUGAAGAGAUUCCAAAACCUCAAAUAAAUGGGUCAGAAAAGGGAGACAUCCAAAAUAUGUAGUGUUAGUGUGCUUUCAGGAAUAGUGUUGGGAAACACUGGAGAAAAGGAACACUCCACUUUUUUUUUUGGAAAAAUAGGAUAUUUUUACAACUCACCUUGAGUUAAAAAGUUGAGUUUUACCAUUCAGCUAAUCUCUGGGUCUGUUGGGAGCACUUUUAGCUUAGCAUAAAUCAUUGAAUCGGAUUAGACCAUUAGCAUCUCACACAAAAUUGACCAAAAAGUUUUGAUAAUUUUUUUUCUAUUUAAAGCUUGAGACUUCUGUAUUUACAUCAUGUACUAAGACCAAAGAAAAGUUGCUAUUUUCUAGGCUGAUAAGGCUAGGAACUAUACUCUCAUUCUGGCAUAAUAAUCAGGAAACUUUGCUGCCGUACCAUGGCUGCAGCAGUAAAUAAUAUUAUGCAGCACCUGAAAAUAGUAACCAUGUCUUCAUGGUUGCAAGAUUUUCUUGUGCUGUGCAAUAUCAUUCCUAGUAGGGCUGCGCAAAUUGGAAAAAUCUGACAUUUUGAUAUUUUGUUUUGUUGCGAUUUGAUAUUGCGAUAUGAAUAUCAUUUCACCAGAUGAUUUGAAUAGCUCUUUUGGAAAGAUUUCAUUCAUUUAGAUUGAUUGAUUAGGAUGAUGAAGUCGUUUAUACUGUACAUCUGCAUAAAAUAUAAUGAAUUUAAAAUCAUAUAAACACGACAGAGCAAAAAUAAAAGUUAAAUAAACGGUUUUCUGUUGAGUAAAACAGUAUUUAAGAAUAGAAAUUGAACAGUCAAAUGUAAAAUAACAUGGUCAUUAUUGCAUAGAUAAUUAAAAAAUAUAAACAAUGUUUAAUAAUAUCUUUAUCAUUUAUUCUUUAAUAAAUAAUCUAAUCCUGCGAUUUGAAUAUUGCAGAUACACACUUUGCGAUAUCGAUGCUCAAACUAUAUAUUGUUCAGCCCUAAUUCCUAGCCAAAUUAGGCUACAAAAUAGCAACUUUUCAUUUUCUGUCGUUCUUGGUCCUCAAAACAAACAACCAUACAAAACAAACAGUUUAUAAAGAAAAUACUAAAGUAUAAUUCAUAUAAACUCAAUAAACAAUAAUUUGGCUCCUACACAAUGUAAUAACAGAAAAUUAUCGAAACUUUGGUCAUUUUUGAGCGAGAUGCUAAUGGUCUAAUCUGAUUCAAUUAUUUAUGCUAAGCUAAGCUAAAAGCGCUCCUCCCAAACCCAGUCAUAGGCUGAAUGGAUUAAAAAAUGAUAAAACUCUGGAGGAGUUGUCAAAUGAGCCUAUUUCCAAAAGAAAAAAGGGAAAUGUCCCUUUAAAUGAAAUCAAUUAUGAUUUAAUGUUGAUUUAAAGAACCUAAAUUGGGAGAUAUUAUGAUGUACUAUCAUUGAUUUUAAUAGUUGACAUGUAUGGAACAUGUACUGUAUUGACAUGCUAAUUCCUUCAAUAUUAUUAGCUGAUGAUGCACUAUAAUAUGAUCACGUGACCACUCUCUCACUCUCCCUCAAACAACACAGUACUUAAAUAUGUUGAUGUUUGUCAUACUUAACAAUCAGCACUCGGCUUUAUUGUUUCUCUUUAAACCUCCCAUUAUUUUUCUCAGAUGCAUUUAUCACAUUUUUAAUGAUCGGAUAGUAUUAAAUGGUUCAAUUUAAUACUUGCUGUACACUGUUUUAUGACAAAACAAAGCAAAUUGUUUUAUUUAUAAAUAUAGUUUAUUGCCUAAACCCUGAGUGGAUAUCUGUUUUUUUGUUGUUGUUUAUGAAAGUAUAUGUU